AUGCACUCCCACCGCUUCCUCCUCCUCCUCCUUAUCGCCGUCGUAUUAACACUCCACCCCGCUGCCGCCACGAUGAAUCCCGCCACGAUAAAUCCCGCUGCGAUAAAUCCCGCUCUUAAGUCCAUCAAACUGGAGUCAUCAUCAGGCGCGCACCCGAAGCCCCCGAGAGUGAUGGCCGCGGCAAGGGCGUGUAAGGGAAAGGCGGAGAAUUGUGGGGAUGGGGCCGUGGAUAAGCAUGGGAGAAGGAGGAAGUCGAAUGGGGAGUGGGUGUAG